AUGAUUACAAAAUGCGAUACAAAGCGUUCACUUGCGGACAACAUAAUCGCGGACCCUGUGGAAGGGCCGAAUGCGGUAGAAACUCAUAACGCAUACGACGAUGAGGAUGAUUGCGAUGAAGAUAGUGAUGAUGGGAGUGACGACAUCGGUGGUGGAAUUGUUGCCGCCGGUGGAAAAGUCACUGGUGGAAGCAAGGGCAGUGGUGAAAGAGAGUCUCUUUACAAUUUGUCUCACAGUUAG